AUGAAAUAGAAAAAAAAUUAUGUAUUAAAUGAACUUCUAAUCUUAACAUAGAAAUCGAAAUUUUUAUACCUUAAUUUAAACUAAUCCAAUUUAAUUGUGAUUAGUAUCAUUAUUAAUUAAAAACUGUAGUUUUAAAAAAUUAAUGGCCAUAUAUUCAUGCCUUAAAUGAAAUAAGAUGUAAUUUUCAUGAGAUUGUUAUAAAAAUCAUAGCGAAACAUGAAUAUAAUCAUUCUAAACGGAACAUAAAAUACUGGUUUUGAAUAUUUGAAAGCAUCUUUUGAAGAAUAAAUUGAGAUGAAAAAAAGCUCUAAUUUAAUUCUAUGA